AUGUACUACCUGCAGCUGGACAAGGACCCGGGCCUGUACCCGGGGGCCCCGGGGCCCCGCCACGCGGGCCUGGGCCUCAGCCCGCAGGGCUUCGCGGCCCCGCAGUACUCGGACUUCACGGGGUACCACCCGAACGCGCACGCGCACCUCCCGCACGCGCACCACCACCACGGCCUCAGCGCAGACCCGCUGUCGGUGCAGCAGCCGGGCUCCGGCGGCUGGAGCCCGGCCUACCCGCCCCCCCCGCCCCGGGACGACUGGUCCUCGCACCACUACGCGGCCGGGGGGCCCCCCUCCGGGUCCGCGGGGCCCGGCGUGGUGGGGCCCCCCCUCGGGUUCAGCCCCCCGGAGUUCUCCGGGCAGUCCGGGCUGCUGUCCACGUCCCUGAACGCGUCUGCGGGCCAGCUGGGCCCCGGGUCCCCGCAGAGGAGGAACCCGUACGACUGGAUCCGGCGCAGCUCCGCGCCGCCCGGCAACCCGAAUGGAAAGACGCGGACUAAAGACAAGUACCGGGUGGUUUACACCGACCACCAGCGCCUGGAGCUGGAGAAAGAGUUUCACUACAGCAAAUACAUCACCAUCAGGAGGAAGGCGGAGCUCGCCACGACGCUCGGCCUGUCGGAGAGACAGGUGAAGAUCUGGUUCCAGAACCGUCGAGCCAAGGAGCGUAAGAUCAACAAGAAGAAGCUCCAGCAGCCGGCAUCCUCCACGACCGUGGCCACGCCUCCCAGCGGCGGCGGCGGCCUCCUCCACGGAAACGGUGCCGCGAUGGUGACGAGCAGCAGCGGCAGCAACGGGAUGGUGUCCCCGUCCUCGCUGCCCAUGAACAUCAAGGAGGAGUACUGA